AGCUACUCUCAAACAUAUCCCAAAUGUUGUGUUUAUUAUAGGAUUCAUAAGAAAUUAUAAAUUAAGUUCUUUUGUUUUAAUUAAUAUCGGAACAGCAAGAUAAACGAAAUAGAAUGUCGUCAGGGGAAUCCAGUCAUUUAAUUGAAGAUUUGGAAAGGCUGAGUAGUGCUGGUCAAAUACCCACAUCAAAACUACAGGAACAUGCAGAAGUUGUACGCAGAAACAAUGUGAAUUGGAAGAGCUACCUCCAGGGUCAAAUGAUCUCCAAUGAUGUUUACCUGUUUAUUGAAAAGUUUGACCAUGCUAAACAAGAAGAAAGAACUGCCAUGAUCAAUUCCAACCCGACAUUGUUUGUGAAAGUGUUCCGUCAUUUAAUGGAGGAUAUUUCUCGAGACCAGACACUUCAGUAUGUCUUGACCAUGCUGGACGAUGUUCUCCAGGCUGACAAAGCUAAGGUGGAGAUAUUUAAAGACUUUGCUCGCAAAAAUAAGGAGAAUGUUUGGCAGCCAUUUUUCCAUCUGUUGGACAGGGAUGACAAGUUUAUUGUGUAUCAGGCUAGUCGUAUCAUUGCCAAAAUUGCGUGCUGGUCUAAGGAUCAAAUGGAAAGAAAAUUCCUACAGAGUUACCUUGUUUGGCUCAAAGAUCAAAUUAAAAUGCCUAACAAUGAGUACUUGCUGUCUGCUGGCCGCUCCCUUCAGAUGAUGCUUAGAAUAAACAACUACAGAAUUGUAUUUUAUGAGGUUGAUGGUGUAUCAGCAAUCAUCCAAGUCCUGGCCAACAAGCCAAGCUUCCAAGUUCAGUACCAGCUGGUCUUCUGUCUCUGGUGUCUGUCACAUAACUCAACUCUGGCAGAAAAAAUGAACAGUGGUAACAUUAUCCCCACCUUGGCUGAUGUUCUAAGUGAUGCUGUCAAGGAAAAAGUGACCAGAAUUGUUCUGGCAACUUUCAGAAACCUGAUUGAAAAUGUGGAAGAAGAAAGUGUUCGCCAGGAACACGCCUUGUCUAUGGUACAGUGUAAGGUACUAAAACAUCUAGAACUUUUAGAUGGCCGCCAACACCAGGAUGAAGAUGUGAUUGCUGACUUGAAGUAUUUGAUUGAGAAGUUGAAUGAGUCUGUGCGCAACUUGAGCUCUUUGGAUGAGUAUGUCACAGAAGUCAAAUCUGGUAGGCUAGAGUGGAGCCCAGUCCACCGAUCAGAUCGCUUUUGGCAUGAAAAUGCAGCACAGCUAAACGAAAACAAUUAUGAGUUGCUCAAGAUUCUUGUACGCUUACUAGACACCAGCAAAGAUCCUUUAGUGCUGUCAGUGGCGGCACAUGAUAUUGGAGAGUAUGUUCGUCAUUAUCCUCGUGGGAAAAAUGUGGUUGAGCAGCUUGGGGGGAAACAACUGGUUAUGCAGUACAUGAUGCACACAGAUCCCAAUGUCAAAUAUGAGGCUUUGAUUGCAGUCCAAAAACUUAUGGUCCAUAAUUGGGAAUACAUUGGAAAGACAGUGGACAUGAAACAGCCAGGUUUUGCUGCAGGUCCUCGACGAGCCUAAGCUGUAGGCCCGAUGUGAUACUCACCACCUGCCGAAGCUGUCAGACUUUGGCCCUGUCACUCUAUGAUCUUUUCAUUCCUAUGUGAUAGAAACCUAGAAUGUAACCAUCUGUGUUUGCUGUUUCAUCCUGUCUAAUUAUGCAAGAAACAUUAGAUUUUAAUUAAUUAUUUAUUAAAAUUAUUUUAUUUUUUUGCAAUAUAUUAUUUAGAUUUAUAUGUAUAAUAAUAUACAUCAUAAGUCAGAUAUUCAUUACAUUUUAUUUAAUUAGUCGUUUUUCCAGUUAAGCUCAAAACCAUUUCUUCCCUAGUUCAUUUAUAUAAUUUAUAGCAAGCAAUUUUAGGCAUUUAUUUAAUUAAUUUAAAAAAUAUAGAUAUAUAUGUAUAAUAUAUAUUAAUAUAAAUUAUGGUGUCAUUUAUGAUACAUCAUUCUCAAAACCCUUGUUCUUUAAGAAAAACCCCCUCAAUAGUUUCUAGUUUAUGACUUAACAAAAGUAUUUAAUAAAAUUGCUUCUAUAAACUGAACUAAAAAUUUCAUUAAAAAAUAUGAAGAAACUGUAAAUGAUUGUUUAAAUUUUAAACAGAUGUUCACUCGUUUUAAGAACCUAUUUAAAAAAAAAAUGAAGUUAGUUGGAAAUCAAAUAACAAAAUUGAAUUUAAAUUUGAAUUGCUUUUUAACAAAAUUUACUUUGAUUUAAAACAAAAACUUAUAGAAAUAUAUAUUAAAAAACAUUCAGCCCUUACGACAGUGAACUAGAUACAUUGCUAUCAUAUUUCAUCUCUUGUGGUGAGAUUUGAGGGACCAAAAUUUCCAGUGUGCAAACCAUGACUAUUUCAUGUAUUGAUUCACUUUGGUUUUAACAAACUAAUUUUUGUUACACAUGUUCUUUUUCUGUGUCUAUAUAGUAGAAAGAAAAUUUCAGAAAUUUUAAAAUUAAGUACUGUAUUAAAAACUUGAUUUUGUUGUAGUUCUUGUCGUAGCAUAUAAGCAAAUCUAAAUUUAUUAAAAAUCUGGCAUGUUCAUUACCAGAUAAAUGUUUUGAUUGUGAUGGUGUAAAACCCAACUUUAAAUAUUUUUUUGGGUAUAUAAUAGUUAUAUGUAAAUAAAAGAAUUCUUGUAAAAAAUGCUUUUUAAAAUAUUUUGUUGCAUAUAAUUUAUGUCAGUACACUGUAAGCGGAGUAUAAUAUUUUUUGUUUUAGCAAAUGAUAAAUGGAAAUGUAUUAUUGGAGUUUUGUUUGUAGUUUUGACAGAAUACAUGUUGAUAAGACUUAAAUAAAUGUAUUUAUUAUUCAAACUUUGUUUACCUUAUAAAAAUACAAUGUGGAUGAAUGUUUAAAUGACUGUGUUGUAAAAUAUAAAUUAGCAUUUACCACUUAUAUACUGCAAGAUAUUUGAGGAUUAAAGCCUUGAAAAACUUUUUUUUUUCUUACUUAUUUUUUGUUGAGUCUGUAUAACAGGUUUGGUGUUGAUGCCAUCUCACAAACUGUUCUAGAUUAAUGUAGAUUAACAUAGGUUAUUGUAUAGGAGGCUAAAAUUUGUAUAACUAAUGUGAUGUUUUCAGGACAUCUUACAAACUAGACUGAUGUCCUGUACAAUAAAAGGAAAUAAAACUACUGUAAAAUAUCA